AUGAACGCUAACCCCUUGUCGUCAUCAUUCUUCCCACAGUGUGUCAAGAACGUGGUGCUAGAAACAGCGCGUGGUGAUGAUGGAGAAAUCGAUCGCAGCGCGCUCCAGAUGGACCUCGUGCUGCGCAAAGAAGUCGGCAAUGCACGUCUAGUGAGCGGUGAUGUUGUGUUGUGGGUGGGUAAGGGCGUGUUGUCCUACAAAGACUCGAUAGUGGACUCGGUACCCACUCGUACUGUGCGCAUCGAGAACAAGAAGCGGCGCUUCGUGUUCACAGUGGUGCUGGACGCUGCUGGCAAACAGUUUUAUGCCGACCUCAAGGAUCAGGUGGAAGCUAAAGCACGAGUCGAAGUCCGCAAGAAGAAGCGGAAGAUUCGUACACAGCUGAGCCGAGAAACGGGCUUUACGCCCGUUAACACACUAAAGAGCCCUGCAACAAGCCCCUCUCUCCUGCUCCCAACUCCCACAAAAAAACUGGCCUUGACGCCCAAGCGUGCCCCGCUGGCGGAUAUUGGGACACCACAACGGACACCACAAUUAGCCCUCCCGCCGCCGCUACCGGUGGCUUUGAAGAAGUCGACUCCGCAUUUGACCUCCCCGUUGAGGUCGCCGUUCCGCUCUCCAUUCCGCAAGAAAGCGCGACGUUCGCAAAGUCCGUCCCAUGGACUAGUGGAUUUCUCAUCGCCAUCCUUGCGAUCUCCCGCUCGUGAAUGGCUCAGUACGACUCAGUCAACGAAGCUACAUAGCGGACCGACCCUGUCAGAUACUUGUUGCCUGGUCAAUGCGCACAUAAUUACUGGUGUUUAUUCUCUUUUGAUGAAGGAUUAG